AUGGAGUCCAGAUCUCUUCACUCGAAACCGUCGGAAGAGACUCUUAUAUCGCUCCUUCAACUAGACCCAUCCCCAAUCGAGACGCCACCGGCGGACGUUGAUAAAGAUCUUCCUCCUCUGCCUGAAGAUGCCCUAGAGGAUAGCAUUGGCUCUCUCAGAUCAACCUCUUCUGCGCCCGGAUUAAGCGGCAGCGGUCACAGCGCUAUCUUCUACCUAACACGGAUCCAGAAGUUCUCUUCCUACCUAGUACCAGUUUUCACAUCACUCCACGUCGUCAACACCUCGAUAAUACCACUGUUUGCGCGAUCAGUCCCAGCUUCCGAGGCAUACCUGCUACUUUCGAGGGAGAUUUACCAAACAUCUCUUACGGAGCCAAUUCUCGUAGCGUUGCCCAUCGUUGCACACAUUGCCUCUGGAUUCGCUCUCCGCCUAGUUCGCAGAUCUCAGAACCUAAAGCGUUAUGGAGGCAACACACCUGGCAUGUACGCCUUGUAUCGAGCCCAGACCGGCAAAACAUCACGAACCUUGACCUACAAUAGCGUCAACUCCGCUAGCAGGAUAUGGCCGUCCGUCAGCUACAUAUCUAUCUCCGGCUACGUUUUCACGGUUCUUCUCGCUGCUCACGCGGGCAUUAAUCGGAUCCUUCCCCUUCAAGUUGACGGCGAUAGCUCGAACAUUGGCUUGGGCUUCGUUUCGCAUGGGUUUGCUCGACAUCCCAUCAUCUCGUGGAUUGCAUACACCGGUCUUCUCGCAGUAGGCUGCGGACAUAUGAUUUGGGGCGCAGCAAAAUGGCUGGGCCUGGCGCCAACGGCUAUGGGGUGGAGUGGUAGUGGACACAAUGUGAUAGACAAAAAGGUACGACGGCGGAAAAGAAGAGCGUGGUGGGCGCUUCACGGCGCCGCUGUGGCUGCGGCCGGCAUCUGGGCCGCCGGCGGACUGGGAAUAGUGGCAAGAGGUGGCCCUACGGACGGAUGGAUUGGGAAGAUUUAUGAUGAUAUUUACAGCAAGAUUCCACUUUUGUAA